AUGGCGGAUAAAGAGGGUGCUUCGUCGGGCCCGGCCAACGUCGGCGAUGCGAAGAGCUCUGGACCUGCAGUCGAGAAGAAGCCGCCAGUCGAUGCGCUGGAGGAUGUUUCGGACCCGGAUGAGGAUGAUUUGGACGACCUGGACGAUAUGCUCGAUGACUUCGCAGCAGUGCAGGUGGACUCCAAGAAGCCCGAACCACAAGCUGCGCCCUCAGCCACUGGGCCGGGAAGGCCUGCAGCUGUUGAAGAUGUGACAGAUGACAAGACCUUGGAGGAUAUGCUCUCUUCCGACGACUUUGCGAAGCAGCUCCAGGCCGGCAUGGCAGACUUAAUUGGAGAGUUAGAGAAAAACCAUCAGCUAACCGCUUUCAAGCCGGAAAUGCAAGCGCAGUUCGAUAACGUCUUCAAGCAAAUCAGUGCUGCUGCACAGGAAUCUGAGCCCCCUCAAACGCAAACAUCAGCAUCAACUACAACGGCAGCUUCAGCAGCAGCCCCACCCCCGCCAUCGUCUUCCACUAGUAAAGCAGCCGCGUCGGACCCCAUCGCAGAUGGAUCGUUCCAAGAGACUAUCAGGAAAACCAUGGAACGCAUGCAAGCAUCGGGCGAACAAGCUACUGCAGCUGCAGCAGAAUCAUCCACAGAAGACUUCCUUGCGGAGAUGAUGAAGCAACUUGGAGACGGUAAUCUUGAAGGAGGAGGCAGUGAGGAGGAAUUUUCCAAGAUGCUUAUGGGCAUGAUGGAGCAACUCACUAACAAGGACAUUCUGUACGAGCCCAUGAAGGAGCUGAAUGAUAAGUUUCCGGAGUGGCUGGAGAAGAACCGCGACAAGACCCCAGCAGAGGACCUGAAACGAUAUGAGGAGCAGCAAGCCUUGGUUAAAGAGAUCGUUGCCAAGUUUGAGGAGAAGACAUACUCAGACUCAAAUGCGGCGGAAAGAGAAUACAUUGUUGACAGGAUGCAGAAGAUGCAAGCCGCUGGAUCGCCACCUUCAGAUCUGGUCGGGGACAUGCCAUCAGCACAGGAAGCAUUUAACGCAGACGAGAGCUGUAAUCCGCAAUAA